CCCCGAUUUCAACACUGCAAUAAACACAAGAGAUGAUGAGGUAGGUCCGUUUCGUUCCGCUCAUCUGACGAUUGCCUCAGCACAAAUAAGACUGGUGAUGACAAUACCGAAACGGACCAAACUUUUUCUCAAUGCCAAAAGUCCCAGAAGCAGGAAGAAUAUGAGCAAAUCAAGUACCUACAUGACUCCAUGUGAAAAGUGCAUUAUCCCAUCGUUUAGAGAUGAAUUCAACAUCUCGACCGAGCACAUAAAAAAACUAAAAGUGGAGAAGGAUGAAGUACAGGAGGCCUAUGACGCAGCCUGUCAAAAAUCUACAGCCAUUCCUUGUAUUUUGUUACGAAAGAAGUUGCAGCGGAUUGAACGUGAACUCGACUAUGAGACUAAGGUUAACAGACAUAUAGAAGAGUUGAUGGCCAGAAUCAGGUACCAUUUCGGUCAGAUGUCUACUCUCUUCUCCAGUUAUGAAGUCAGUCUGCAGGAACUGCAACUUUCAGACCGUCUACUAAUCAAACCUUCCAUGUUCACCUCUUCAUUCAAAUCGAAAGCGAGACGAAUUAAAGACGAGAAUCGAUUGAUCAAACAAACGGAGAAGAAUAUUGUCGAGCUACAAAGGGCUAAGGUCGCGAUGCAAGAAUUGGCUGAAACGCAAACAGAAGAGAGAAAUUCUCAAAUGCAGGUAUCUAUGAAGAGACAUAGACCAUUCUUUGCGCAAACCAUCCAAGAUUUGCAGAGACAGAAGGAAAUGAACACCAAGAGCGAUUGGCUACGCCGAGCUAGAAUGUUUCAUUCUGCCUCGUCAUUGAGGCAGGCCAUUGAAAAAUCACGGGAAGGCAUGUCUGCUGGCCGGCGAAAGCGAUUCACUGAAUGGGAAGCAAUGCAAGAACUGGAAGACGGCAUGUUGAAAUCGGAAGUGGAAUCAUGUUGUGAAAUGGAAAGGGAAAUUGUCUUGCGGCGCCGAAUAGCUCAGAUUGAAGCAAGACACAAGGCGUUCCGCGAAGCCCAAAGCCACAGACGUCUGGAAAUCGUUGCCAAAAUGCUAAAAGAACAAAACGAACAAGAGAAAAAGAUUAACACUGCUCCACAGAAAAGUCGACAUAGACAAGUUGAAUUUAUUGGGGAUUCAAUUGUUCAGACUUUUAAAUCGGAAAGGAUAAAGAAGAUACUCGAUGGUUUGACGUCCGAAGAAGUUGACACUUCCCAAAAGACCCCCAGAAUGCGAGCCAUCAGCGCCGAUCCAUCCAAGUCUGGACUUGUAAAGGGGGCGAAAGAUUCAAGGGAAAAAACGCCAACAUCAGAAGAUAUGAAGAGCAUCGUUGACACAGUGAUGAAGGAGGACUUAGAUCACAUUCUCAAUGACUUUACAUUACGACCUGGUCUGGGUGGACGAAGAACAGUGAUUUCUUCAAACUUCUUGGAAAGCCCGAAUACUAGUACAGCCGUUUCUAAUACAACCGCAUCGACUCAAUACAACAUUGAUCGGGAUUCCACGAACGCCUACACUCACGUGGUUGGAGACCACUGGGAAGAAUCGAGCGAGGAUGAGACGAUGGAAGGGGAUGGUGAACUUGGAAAAAGCGAAGAGGACAGCCUGCAAGAUACCCAUAAACGGGGCAAAAGAAGACAAACAAACCGACAACCAACGACGUUAGAAAAGGAGUUACUGCGACGCUCCCUAAAUCGAAUUCGUGAGCAUAUUGUUCAACCACAAAUUGUGGGUCACAAAGAGUUUCAUGGCCCCGGAUUCAGAAGUAACCCUCCAAAAAUCUGGUUCAAGGAUUUCGAGGUGAACAGUGUCACGAAGCUCAAGGUUCAAUUAACCAAUGCGUCUUUCAAAGCGAUAACAUGCCGAUACAUAGACAUGAGUGAAGAACUGCUUGAUUUUGUAUCAGUUCGCUAUUCUCCUCCUGGUGUGGUCUCUCCCGGGAUGAGCUUCAUCUUUGACGUGAUCUUUACUCCGAAACUGGAACGGGAUCUAUGUGGGCAACUAAAUUUCCUGGCUCCAAAUGGUCCCUUCAGUAUCCCUUUCAAAGCCACCACAAAAAAAUACGAGAUCGCUGUUGACAGCCAUAUUGUAGAUUUUGGACAGGUGGUGAUUGGUGAAACUGAAAGGAGAUCAGUCAUUGUGCGGAACACCGGCGGAAAAGGUGUUCAUUUCAAGUUUGCCAUCGAGAGUGGCCAUCAAUUUACCGUUGACAAGACUCGUGAUUUGGGAUUGAACAGAAAUGAACCCGUGCACAACUCAGAAGGGGAGCAAAUUCAGUGCGAUGAACAAACAACGGAAGUUGGAACUGAAAACAUUGAACAGCUUGCAGAAACCGCUAAUUUGAGACACCUAUGGCGUCAGAGUGGUUUAUCCCUGAAUCUCAAGGGAAGUGCGUAUCAAGCUACGGUACGGGUUGCUUUGUUGUAUGGUUGUGAGAUUUGGCCUAUUCGAUCAACGGAACAGAGAUGUCUUCAGGUGUUCGACAAUCGUUGUCUCAGAACCCUAGCUCGUGUGGGUUGGCAUCGAAAGCGCGUUUCCCGUUGUGUGACGGGUAACUCCAUUGAAGAAUAUGUUCAGCGCCAGAAGCUGCGUUGGUUGGGACAUGUUUUGCGUAUGCCGCACCAUCGCUUGCCGGAGAGAGUGCUGUUUUCCAUGCCUAAUUCAGAGUGGCAUAAACAGAGAGCUGACGAACAAGAAGCUUCGGUCGAAGGACAAGCAAUCGAUGAUCUUGAGUUACACACCGACUAUCCACAGGAGUUCCAGUGUGGUGAACCAACGGAAGGAUUCCUGGAAGCAUAUAGCAGUACAAAGUUGGAGAUCAUAUGGCGCCCUAGCACGCUGAUCCCCACAAAUGAAGGUAGUGAAUGGUUACUCGGAGAGACAGAGUUCGCCCGGUUCGUGAUUCACUUUGAAGAAGCUAGUGUUGAACCAGUUCAAAUCUGUGCUCAAGGAACUCCAAAAGAUCUGCCCACGUGGCUUUCAACCACUCACAUCUUGCUGGGAAUAUGCUGGUUUGAUCGCCUUUAUCAGGAUAGUUUCUCCAUUAACAAUCGAACAAAUAGUGCGCUCAAGGUUACGGUGAAAAUGGACGCACGGAUCGAAAAACAUCUGGAAAUUUUACCGAAUAUGGGAGCCGUCCAGGCUCAUGGUCGUCUAAUGGCUCAGGUGAAAUUCCUUCCACGACAAUCGCUGUCAUCUGAUCUAGAAGAACUAACAAGUGGGAGAGACUCGCAUCUGGGAGAAAUGAAUGAUCAAACUGACUUAUCACCACAGUUUGAUCCAGACACAGGAGUUCUUCAGGUACCAGUAAUAGUUAGUGUGACUGGACAGACAAAUGUGUUGAAACUUGUGGUGUCUGCGGUUGUGACGACAUCUGACCUUGAACUGACACCGGAUGCAAUCGAUCUUGGGACCGUCGGACUCGGUGAGACGGCAGUCACUAGAUUUUCCAUCACGAACCCAGGCUUGCUGCCGCAAGAAUUCGCCAUAGUCAGUUUGCCACAAUACGUCGAUGUUCAGCCCAACAAUGGCUUUGGAACAAUUCUUCCAGAACAAACCAUCGAACUCGAAUUACUCUUUACUCCCGACAGAGUCAAAGAAUUCAAGUUUCGAAUAACGUGCAAAAGUGGAAUUGGCAGAACAUUCACCAUUGACUGCGUUGCAACGUGUGUGAAAUCUCCUGUCACGCUUUCCGCACACAAACUCGUCUUCGAACCUACUCCUUUGGGAGAGACAAGUUGUGCACAGUUAACUAUUUCAAACCCUCGGCAAACAGUCGGACCAGAUGGAACCCUCAGGAUGACUAAAUCCACAGCUUUUCAGUGCGAAAUCAUCGACUCAGGUUUUUCCCACCCAAAAGCACACUGGAGCGAGGAACUCAUUGCAAAACAUGCGCAGGAUGAAAAAGAAGGACCCCUGGGAUCAGAGUUUCUCACGGUACUUCCCAGGUCGGAUACGCUGGAGCCCAACCAGACCCGUUCGAUAAAAGUCUAUUUCUCUCCUACGUUGGAUCAACACAAGGUGAAAGAAUUAGCAGCAAGAAUGAAGGAUGAAUAUACGUUAGUAAAGAAGAGGCAACAAAUGGAGUUGGAAUUGCAGAAGGCCAGACAAGAAAAGAAAACGAAGAAAGUGGCACCUCAAAGCGGAAAAAGACGCCCCGGUACCAAGAAUGUUGAAGAGAAGCCGACUUGUGUCGAUGCACCUCGUAUCAUACAGAUACCACCAACCGAUCCACAAUCAAUCCACAAUAACUCGAAAGAGUUCACGGAGGCCGAACUUGCGCUGCUUCAGAGAUAUCCCUCAGAUGAACUCGAACUUGCAGCAAAAGAACAAUGGGAUCCCCACAACUCACCGUGUGCAACUGAUGGGAACACGUGGCCAGCAACGUAUGCUGUCUAUCGACUGGCGUGUUUUGUUGCUGACGGGCCAGGUUUUGAGGGCUGGACUGAUAACCCUCCUACUUAUCACGUGGAAAAUACCGUGUUUAUUGAACUCUUGUGUCCAAUCGUUCGCCCGGCGCUCAGGAUCACGUCACCCCUUGCCAUCACAAAUCGUCUCGACUUUGGACAAGUCUGCGUUGGUUUAAAAAAGACCAUGCACUUUACAGUUCAAAAUAUCAGUCCGUAUGAUUUGAAGCUAUCUGCUACGCCACUGAACCCCGUUGGGCCUUUUGAGUUUUUGAGCUCUAUGGACCGUUUGAAGUUGAAGGAAUCUGUUGAGUUAUCGAUUCAGUUCGCGCCCACUUAUGGUCACACAUGGUGUUCUGAUUCAUUUCAAAUCCUCGCCACACCGCUGUUGAGUGAGGACGCACAAAAUGGCGACAUUGAACAGACUACCUGGAAGUGCCCAAUGACAGUCAAGGUCACUGGAAUUUGUACAACUCCAAAUGUUGAAUUGACGGGUUCUUCGGCACUUCAGUCCUCCACAUGCACUUCGCACAUUCUCCACUGUGGCUCCGUUAUUGCCGGUGACUUCACAGAGCAGUUUGUUCAAGUACGAAACACAUCAGAGGCACCGGUUCAUUACGCUAUCGUUGUGGAUGAAGUGAAGCCUCAUGGUACAAGCAAUAUAAGUGGCUCGCCAGCCUUCCAUUUUGAUCCGAACAGAGGAUUGAUACAGCCAGGUUCGACCCAGUCCAUCAAGGUGACGUUUUCACCGGACCAUCCAAGUGAUUUGUUCCACGAAACCCUUGUCUUCAAAUUGUUCAAUCAAAUGCAAAAUGCACACAUAAUCCAGGUUAGAGGAUAUUGCAAAUCGUCGCCAAUGUAUGUGCGAGGCGGAGAUCAUGGUGUCGGUCUGCGAGGGGAUAGUGACUCACACAGUCAGAUGAACGAUUAUGUUGGCCUUGAAAUGAGCCAAUCAAAUGAGGAGAGAGCCGCUUCAUAUUUGACAAUGCGUCUGGAACGCGGUCGGCAAACAAGUGCACCUGACGAGUCGCCCCCAGAAGAAUUGGAAACAAACCGAGCCGAACUGCCGUCAUUUUCGUCCCCAUGGAAUACGCUACAUGUUGGCUUCGUGAAAUCUAGUGAUGGCUUGAACAAAAAGGCUGGAGAAUUCACAAUCGAAAACAUUAAGGAUCUCAAUACACUCGGUUUUGAAAUUGAACCACAAAAGGCCACCGUGGACCAGGGGGUUGAACGAGCCAUUCGGUUUCGCUGGAUACCAAAAGCAGACGUUGCAGUUGGAACAACCGUGGAGGCUGUUGCGCGACUUACCCUGAAAGCGGACCGAACGACAACUCACCGAGUCUACCUUUUGGGUGUAGCAUAA